AGUCUCACAUCGUACGAUCAUUGAUAAAGUUCUAUAAAUCUUUAGCGAUCUUUUAACGCUACGCGUCUUCGUUUUUUCGUCUAUUUUUGAACGCAUUAAUUUUUUUUUUUUUUUUGCUUCAACGCAUCUACUUUCCGUUUUGUCUAAUGGUGGAAAGGCCGCCCAAAAGAAAAUAAAUUGUCGGGUCGUUAAAAAAAAAAAAACAUAAAAAUAAAAACAAACCAUAAAAUGUUUUAGUUAAACAUUUUCUUAAUUUUUUUUUAAGAAAAUGUAAUAAAAACAAAAAUUUCGGUGUUUCUUAAAAAGAAAAAGUUCAUAUUUUACUUGACAAAGAUGUGCGGCAUUAUUUAAAAAUAAAUAGUAACUUCAAAACAUUUUUAAAUUUUCAAAAAUUUCUAUAAUGUUUACAAUUUAAUACACGUGCUUGUGAAACCCUUAUUUUGCAAUAACCUCGUUAAAAUAAGAAAAUUUCUUAAAAUUACAUUUUUAAAAAAGUGAUUUUCAUUGCUACUACGGCGCUUCCUGGCGAACGCUGCUAGUGGUGAUCAUUAUCAUUAUCUACGGAAUUUCGGAAAUAUAGAAACAUUGUUACAAACGCAAUGCAAAUUUCGAAAAAUUUGCUAAGAGUAAUAUUCAUGCUGUCAACAAUUGUCGCAGUUACAGAUUGUUGUUCUAGCCGAAUCUUAUUCCUAAAAGAGCAAACUUUUAACAUAAUACAACAACAUAAAAUGCAGCAAUAUCAACAAUAUGAUGAUGGUCGUCAACCAUUAAAUGAGAAAUACGAACAACAUGUCUACAGCAACAAUGGUGCCGGCGAACUGAUCAACAACAACAAACAUCAUAUUAACAUCAAUACAGAUGAUGAGUCGGCAUCUGAAGAUCAAACAGCCGAAGCCUCCGGCAAGGAUAGACCACCACCGCAGAGUAAAGGCGGAGGUUUAGAAGACAUAAAACCUUUUGGGGAUUUGGGAAAACAAAUCAGUGAUCUAUUAUUGGCUGAUGUAGCGAAACAGAAUAAGAAACAUCCUGAAAAUCCCGGUUAUCAAUUGAUUGACUUCUAUCAAAGUAUAAUGGACAAUGUAUUAUCGUUUGCCUGUACGGGUCAAUUUCUCACAGAUUUCUGUUUAAAUGGCGGCCGUUGCUUUCGAGUGCCCAUGGGCAAUCAGAGUCUGUUUUCAUGUGAGUGUGCCGAUGGUUAUGUGGGUGAGCGCUGUGAAUCGAAAAGUGUUAAUGGAGUUUUUGUGCCUUCUUCAGCAUUGGACCAACGUAAACCGAAAAUUUUAACGGCCCGCGUGGUGUUCUCCUUUCCCAUGCUGAUUUUCUUAACGGUUAUUUAUCUGUUCUUUGGCAUGCUGAUUGUUUUCAAAUGCCAACCGCCGUUUCGCGCGAAAUAUACAACUCAGACUUCUUCUUCUAGAGCAGCCGGUAUGCUCUUUACCUAAAGGACUUCAUCCAAAAAGAAAGUCACAUUCGUUUAAAAAUUUCAAAGGACUCGGGUUACAAGAGACAAGUGCAAUUUUUUUCUUCUUCUUUACAAAUAAUUAUUUAAAUUUAACGGUGUUUGGUAGUUAUCACUUAAAAUGAAAAGUUUUUCCACAUUGAAACCUUAACGCCUCGGGUUUUUUGUUAUGGAAAACUUUAAUUUCAUAUAAAAUAUCCUUUAUUUAACAUUAAUUUGCCACUAAAUUAAUUUAAUUUUUUUAACACUGCGCGCAGUUUUUCUUAACUAGUAUAAAAUUUAAAAUAUAUUACAUAUUCAUUCAUAAUUCUCCAGUAGUUUCCAUGGAAAGUAGUUAAUUUUCUAGUAGAUGAUUUAUAAUUUUCAUUAAUAUUUUUUUCUUUUUUAAAGAAAAGCGCGCUUUUUCUUCAAAAUUUAUAUUAUUUCUAAUAAUUUUGCAAAAUUUGUACGUGGCUGCGUAUAGUUUGUAAUUUUUUCUUCUUUUCUUACUGAGGCGCUUUUAGUUAUAGAAUAUUUUUUGAAAUUAAUUUAAAAAUUAAUAUAUUUUUGCAACUUUUCAGUUGCCCCUUUCUUUAUUCUCCCUUAGUAGUAUUUAAUUUAUAUACAAAUUUUUGCUUUCGAUUUAUUUAUUCUUAAUUUCCUUUGUAUAUAAAUUUUUGUAAUUUUUUUAUAAUAAUAAUAAAAUGACGUAUUAAAUAUUUAA